AUGAAGCUGAUCCCAAUCAUUCUGAAUGCUAAAAACAUUAGCGGAAUUUCUGGGUCUAUAUCGAUAUCUUGCUGGAUUGUUGUAUUUGUACCACAGAUUUAUGAAAACUUUCGAAGACAAUCCGCAGAGGGAUUAUCGCUGCUUUUUAUUGUGUUAUGGUUAUUGGGUGAUAUAUUCAAUGUCAUAGGAGCUAUCAUGCAAAACUUACUCCCAACCAUGAUAAUUUUAGCUGCAUACUAUACAUUGGCAGAUUUAGUUCUGCUGAUACAGUGUAUGCGGUAUGAUAAGGAUAAGAAAGGUAUUUUACAAGAAGUCAAGAAAAAAGUUGAUCCCGUACAUUUGUCCCCGACAAACCCAAUAGACGAGUCCGUCUUACAAGAUGUUUUUAACGAGUAUGAGCCACUUUUACCGAGGGGAGAGGAAGAAGACAAUCGGUUAUAUAACUCCCUUGAGCUUGGUACAGAAGUGGUUAUAAGGGAAAGAGAGAAUUUUUUCAAUGACAUAUUAAUUGUCUCAGGCGUAAUUGUUGCCGGGUUUUUUUCAUGGUAUAUAUCUUAUUGUUCUGGUCUGAGUAGCAAUAUUCCCAACAAAAAGCCUGCCUUUGAAAAGAUAAAUUUACCGGCACAAAUUUUAGGAUAUCUAAGCGCGAUACUAUAUUUGGGCUCUAGGAUUCCUCAAAUUGUUCUUAACUACAGAAGAAAAUCAUGUGAGGGAGUCUCAUUUCUAUUUUUUUUAUUUGCAUGUUUGGGGAAUACUUCAUUCAUAAUAUCAGUGCUUUCAGUGUCACUUGACCCUGAGUAUCUAAUUUUAAACGCGUCAUGGCUUAUCGGUAGUGCUGGUACGCUGUUGAUGGACUUCACGGUUUUCGUUCAAUUUUUUCUAUAUGCUAAACAUAGAAACGAAAAAAUACUAAUAGAUAAUUAA